AUGGCUCCGACUAAGCCUACCUCUGCUUCCAAGCUUUCGUUUUCCAAGCCUACUUCUGCGACGCAGUCUGGGAAGAUUGUAAAGUCCUCUCCGGCCAAUCGCAAGGGCAAAGGCGGUGGUGGCAAGAAGGACGACGAGGACGACAAUCACGGCUUCAUUGGCCCGGCGCCCCGUCGCAAGGAGCAGAAGAUGCGCUGGGACGAGGCUGCUGACAUCAAACUCCUCCUCUUCGGCAUGGAUCGUGGCCCGAUCCAACGCAGUGAACACGAAGCGAUCGCUGCAUCUUUCAAGGAGAAGCCGACGGCCAAGGCCAUUGGCGAGCGUCUGAGUAAGCUCGGCACGGAGCAAAGGACCUUGCUCAAGCGUCUCGGCAUCUUCGACAUUGAUGCUCAGAAGCCCAAGGUCCAGAAGAGUGGAAAGAAGGGCAAGGGCGAUAAGGACGAGGAGGCUGAGGAAGACGAAGUCGAGGAGCAGCACGUGGACGAGGAGAUGACGGGUGAAGGAGACGACGAUGACGAGCAUGUGGAAGUUGACGAGGACGUGGAACUCGUCGAGGAUCAUGAGGGCGAAGAGAGCGAGUAG